AUGGCUCCUCCUGAAGUGUAUUCACUUGGGCAAACCGCAAUUACCUCGCACUCGUUCAACGCAGACCGAUCCCAGGUCGCUGUGAGUUUGAACUCCAAUGAUGUGCAGAUAUUCUCCCGCGAGAGGCAGGAUUGGAAGCCCACCGAGACACUUUCAGAGCACGACAAACUCAUCACCGGCAUCGACUGGGCCCCGAGGUCAAAUCGUAUCGUCACUUCUGCGCAAGACCGGAAUGCAUACGUCUGGCAGCAGAGUCCGGAUCCACAGACGGGCAAGAUGAUCUGGAAGCCGACGUUGGUGCUGCUCCGAAUUAACAGAGCUGCGACCUAUGUCAGAUGGAGCCCGAACGAGGACAAGUUCGCCGUUGCAAGCGGUGCUCGUGCGAUUGCCAUUUGUUCGUUUGACCCUGAGGGCGACUGGUGGGUGUCGAGACUGCUCAAGAAGCCCAUCAGGUCUACUGUCCUCUCCGUGGAUUGGCAUCCCAACAAUGUUCUCCUCGCUGCUGGGAGUGCGGACAUGAAGGCACGCGUCCUCUCAGCCUACAUAAAGGAUGUGGAUAAAAGACCUGCGCCCACCGUCUGGGGAGACAAACUGCCAUUCAACACUAUCUGCGGAGAGUACACCAGCCCAACAGGCGGUUGGGUUCACGAUGUUGCAUUCUCCUCCUCCGGAGAUGUUCUUGCCUUUACUAGUCACGAUAGCUCUGUCAGUAUCGUCUAUCCCGGGGGACCAGCAAUCUAUACCAUCAAGUUGACCGGCUUGCCACUGGUCACGCUGGCCUGGACGACUGAGAACUCACUUGUCGCUGCCGGGCACGACUGCCAGCCGCUGGUGUUCUCCGGCAGCAAUGGUGGAUGGGAGCUGGCCGGUACUCUUGACGAUCCGAACGCCAGUAAAUCGUCGGGUGGCGGACGAUCUGGCUUCGGCGGCGCGUCCCCUGUCGGGCGCCUUAAUAGUGCGGCCUUCAACACCUUCCGAAACGCCGACACGCGCGGUAUCUCGAACGUUCCUGGGUCUCCGACCGCGUCCUCAUCUACGGAGUCGGAGCUGUUCACCGUGCACCAAAAUACGAUUACCAGCGUGCGCCCGUACGACGGUAUCCCGGGAAACGUUACUAAGGUGAGCACCUCUGGUGUUGACGGAAAGCUAGUCGUAUGGGACGUGAAUGCGGUUUUGCCUAUUGGGGCGGGUGGAAUUACUGGUCGCCUGGGCGCAUUGCAGUUGAAGUAG